AUGACCUCCGAGCCCAGUAGUCCAGACGACUACGGCACAAGUCUAGACAGGGGCUAUGACACAGGCGACGACUACUACAACCCGCCCGAGUUCUGGCUUCCUCGCAUUCGGUUACUGUGCCAAGUCCUGUGGCCGUCGGCUGCGCACGAAGAAACCGCAAUUGCGUUCAUCGCCGACGGGGAGAACAACAAGGUCUUUGCGCUGACCAUCGCGGAACCGGAGGACCAGCACGUCGGACGGCGCGAGUACGUCCUUCGCCUCCCCGAGCUCGAGCACGACGUGCUGCAGGUAGUCGGCGUCUCGCGGUACCUCACGAGGCAGUUGCUCUCAGGUUCCGAGGACUCCUUGGCGCUGGUGUCCAAGAUACCCCAAGUGGUUCGGUGGGACCACACUCGCAAUAAUGCACUGCAGUAUCCCUACAUCAUCGCCAAUCGCAUGCCGGGAAUCAACCUGGAAACAUGCUGGGACCGUUUGGGCUGGGGGCAGAGGGUAUCGGUCGCGAGGGAGAUAAGCCACGUCUAUUCGCAGUUGCGGAGUUUGCGAAGCCCGGUUGCUGGUAGAAUUCAAGUCUCGUGUGCUGCUGAGUCCAUCGAGGAGCCUGUCGAACGCCCGGAGAAGCUCGUAGAGGUCAAGCCAUUUGAUGAAACCGGGUGUCAGGGGGUCUCAUGCGUCAAUGGCUUCAGUAAUAUUGAAGACACUACACUGCAUCAUCCAAGCCAUGCUCGGGCGGAAUCAUCCUCAGGCGAGGUGGUGAUCGCCGCUGUCCGGCGGCGCUUCGAGGAGCUCUACCAUGGAAGCAGCGACGCAUCAACGCGGUCCACUGUCGCCAGCAGCUAUGAACGUCUGCUCGCCGUUGUGGAGGACAUGCAUGGCAGGGGUGUCUUUGACGACGAGGACGGGAUCUACUGCCUUGCCCACCUAAACAUUCAGCCAAAUAAUAUCUUGAUCGAUAUCGGUGACGGAUCCCAACCAAGAAUCACAGGGAUUUUGGGCUGGGGCGCUCCUGUCUUUGGGCCUAGUUUCCUGGCAGCGGAGCCACCGGAGUGGUUGUGGUCGGAAGCGCGGUCUGCAGAAAGAGCACCCGAAAACCGCCACAUCGCUCCUCAGAUACGGGGUCAAGUUCAGGGGAGUGACAUGCUGACCGGUAACUCCCGGAUUCGAAGAGCAUUCGAGGACGUCGUAGGGUCUGGGUGGGUACGGCAGGCGUACUCGCCCGAGAGUGCGAUCGCAAGGCGGAUAUUGAUAUUAUGUACUGCGGAUAAAUGGGGAGCAGGACAAUGGAACGAGUUGGAGGAUAUAUUUCGGGCAUGGGAGGGCACUUUUGAGUGA